AUGGCAUCUUCAAACAAACCUACCUCCGAUACUUUACUAUCAACGGCGACUGCCUAUUUCCAGGUCUUCGCUGCCAUGGACCCAGACGUCAUCUCCCAUAUUCAAAGCGACAACUAUACUCAUGAAUUUGGCCCGGCCUCCUUGAAUAUGUCCAGUCCACGCACAAAGGAAACGUUCGCCUCACAUCUGAAACAUCUUGGAGGUGUUCUGAAGAGCUUCCCUGUGAGCAUCAAACGAGCUUGGGUCAACCCAUCCCUGAAUCAGGUGACAGUGUGGGCAGUUUCAGAGACCAGAUUCCACGAGCAUGUUAAAGACAAUAAUGACGAGGAAGAGUGGAAAUUUCACGGGGAGUAUAUAUUUAUUUUGGACAUGGACGAGACGGGAGAGAAGGUGAAGCGCGUGUUUGAAUUCCUGGAUAGUAAAGCUACUGAGAAUUUAAGGCUCUUGGCCGCCAGAGCGUUCAAGAAGAAGGAAGAAAUAGAAGGCAAAUAG